AUGAGGAACUUUGAGGAAGUUUCGGUAAAUUUUUGUCUGUGUGUAUAUAUAUACACACAACCCCCACCCCACCACAUCCCCUCUGACCUCAUCAUUCCACCCUCCACAAUCCACCGGAAUCAUCACAUAAAUUCCUUACGGAACGCAAACCCCUUGGACGUAAACACGGCGAAGACCGACACGGACGGUAUCCAGUGCGACGUACUCUUACCCAGUAACAAAGUUUGGCGUAUGAAAAAUUACUACAGAUUAUUGGAACUGCAACGAGCAAUGGGUGCGAAUCGGAUGGCGACUUCGUGGGCAGGGAAGGCGAGAGAAAGUUCCUCCUCGUCCCAGCCAGAAGUCAAGAGACCCCGAUGUUCCUCUGCUGCCCUGGACUCGGGCUUGUCUCUGUCGUCGACCCUGUCUGUGGAGACAGCAUGGACCAUGUCCGACAUAGCCAAAGCCGGGCGUCUCCUCGCAUCACCGGAGCUUUCCAAUCGUUUCGACGAUGACGAAGAAAUGCGUCACGUGUAUUCACUUGUCUACGAUGUCUUCAGAUAUAAGUCUGUUUUGAACCAGACCUUGGUUGAUACAGCAUUCUUUGACCAAUGUCCACAGUUCGAGAAACAAACAAAGAUUGUCUGGUUACUUCUCUACGAUCUCUAUAAGAGACGAUUCCUACCCCGCGACCAACACGAAGAGCUACUCCGGGAAAGGAUGUUUGAGGAAUCGGGUCUUCUGAACGCCGACACGAAGUUGUGGAGCGUAAGAGUGAAACUUGCAGCUGCAAUUUCUCGUUUACGUAUAAAGAACAACGCUCUUAAGCUGUCCCAACUUCUACCACCACAUCUCAGAGACGAGCGUGUUCUGGCCUUGGUCGAAGCUCCGGUCACUGCCUGGAUUAACACUUUCAAGAUCGACACGGAUUAUGUAACACGUCUGCUGGAUGAAGCUGGUCUGAAGAGGCUGGUUCACGAACAGUUGAGAGUCGACGCACUCAGCUACACGUACCACGAGAUGUGCCCAAAGGUCAUUAAAUUCCAUCCCACACUUCGGUCUAAUCUCGCCCAAUCCACCAUCGUCAGAAAACAACUCAUUGUUCUACAGGACUGUGCCUUCUGCUUUGGUCCUGCUGUAAUGUGCAGAAUACUCCAAGACCUGGAUCUCGCGGGAAAUAUAGCUCAGACUCAAAUCACUUCUCCCCGUUCCGUGGCCUACCUCGCUAACGUCCUCGGGGACAAUGAAAAGAUAGGAACUCUUAUAGCUUUUGGUGCAGGGAACAGGCUGGGUUUAUCCCAUGACAACAGGAGGGACGAAUAUGAGGAUUAUCUCCGACACUUGGGCGUGACGAACGUUGACGUACGUGCCGAGAAGUUUGUGGACGUUUCGGCGGGGAGCGCGCUGCUGCAGAACGUGGUUGCGGUACUGGCGACACCGAACAACACGUACUCGGGUGUAACUGACCCGGUGGACUUGGCGUGCGGUCGAGGCGGGGACUUGGCUAUGCUAGAGGUGCUGACAGACACGGAGGACGGGACGCUGGUACGGGUGACCGCCGUCCUGGAGGAACAGCGCCAGACGCUUCGACUCUCCAUGUCUAGACCUCAAAUACAGGUCGUCCUGUAUGAGACACAUUCGGUCGUACCAGCAGAGAACAGCGAAAUGGUGACUCGAAUGGUGAACGAAAUGAACAGGACAGCGCGCGACAAACACCUGGAGGAGCGAGAACACGUGUUCUCGGCCUUCAAGAAGGAGGCGUCGGAUGCGUGCUCUGGGUCUGGAGGGGAGACUGUCGCGGCGUCUGGAACCAGCGUCGUUUCCUUUCAGAACAUUGACCGGGCUGACCCUUGCAGCCCCGAAUUGCCGGAAACAGAUAAAUCGGUACCGCCAUGUGAUAUUUUUGAGCUCCGCGCUCUGCCUACCCUCUGUUCAGACAAAGACGUUUGCGUCAAUCUAGAGGAACAAGGCUGCUACUUGGCAUACGUGCGCAGAAAGGAGAUUGUCCGAUUGAAUGCGAGGUACAUGAUCGACAUUGCGGAAUCUCGGGGCCUAUUCGGCGGUGAAGGGGGAGGCCCCAAGGAGCACACGAAAUCCCAGAGCGGACGCCAACAACAGAAGAAGCCCGAACUUCGACGGUCAACAUCCGGUUCUCCUCCAUCGUGCAGACCCAAAAGUCGACGAUUACAGCUAGAAAUUGAACGCAUUGCAGCUCCUACGUACGCCUCCAUCCUGCGUCGAGCAACAUAUCCGGGUAGUCAUCAAGAAGCUACUUUCUGUUGUCAGAGGCAUCAUCAUCAUUUCCAACACGAUGGAGCGCACACUGUUGGAAUCAGCCCGAAGAUGGCAGCUCAGAUAAGACGUCAAGACGCCAGGAGGUGGUGGGUUGAAGCCGCCAAGUACAUCGUGAAGUUUGGUUUCAGACUCGCUCAUGGACACAGUCUAUCCGACGAAGGUUUCAGGCCCCGUCUGAAACUAACGCGUUCUGGACUCCGGUACAGAACCCUUUUUCCUCUCAGUGUGACGUCAAUAGAUUUCGAAGACCCCUUGCUCUAGUUCAGUUUUCGUUGUUGAUGGCCGAGUCCAUAAUCGUGCUAACGAAAGACAACAUUUUGACAUUCUUGAUUCCGAGCCUCCAGAAAACCGUCCGUGAACAUCAUUGGAUUAUACAGAUAUUAGCUGCCAUUUGUAACCUCGUCGGCUUUGUAACUAUCAUAGUUAACAAAAACGUAGCGGGUCGAUCCCAUUUUAUCUCAAAUCACGCCAUAGUUGGUUUGGUAGCUACCAUUCUGUGUUUCGUCACAUGCGCUGGUGGGUUCCUUACCCUCUACGCCUCCAAGUUCCAGAAUUGGAUCAAGCCUUCACACAACAAACUUUGUCAUAUUAUUAUCGGAAUACUUACGUUUGUACUUGGUGUAGCUUCUGAAGCGACCGGAUUGGACUUGCUCUCUGACGAUACAGCCAGAAUUACAACCAUAAUUCUGUUAGUGGUCGCGUCAUUUGUAGUAUUGGAAGGUUCAGUAAAAACUGCUUUUUCAAGAAUCAAACGCCUGUAGUCCUGAGAGACGAGAUAUUAGCAAAACACAACGAUCACUUUAAAUUAAGGAACAAAUUUUUGGUCUAAAAUUCGUAAGUCAAUGUUAGAUUCUUAGGUUCGUCUAUUCGGUCGUUACAUUGUGAAGUAUCUGUGGCAUGUGAAUUGGUGGUGGAGACAAUUGCGUAUCAGUAACCGCACACUGUAAUUUGUUGGAGAAAACUCUUGAUAAGCGAGCAUUUGACAGACAAAGGAAACAAUGAGACGUGAUACUGUAACGGCCAUGAUUAUGUGAAUUUGAUUUAACCGCUUAAUAAUUUGCGCAAGUUGCGUAAAUUUGUGAUAAAGUUGUUGAAACGUUAAAGAAGCUUUGAAGAAUGAACUGCAGAGAGCACCAGCAUGUUAAUUUGUGAAAAUUUAAUGAAACAAAAGGCAAAGAAUGUGAAUGAUUUGGAUAAAAUUCGUACGAAAGAACAUCGAAGUUAUGCACCAGAGCGUCUAUUAAGAAAUAUUGAAGCAAAGAAAUGUUAAUGAUUUUCAGUUCAGACAGUACAAGAAAACUGGGCGACCAGAGUCAGAAUCCCGGACAGACAGGAUUUAACUUUUCUCCACAACAUUCAGACCGGUGGUUACUGGAGCUUUUCCCUCAGGGGUAGAGCGGCCGGGACGUGAAACUGGCCACUCAUCUCCUUCCAGUGCUGAUGAUUAGAAUGUGUGGAGUUGCAUCUCCAUUUUCUCCUCUGCAUGGCGUGGUGCUUAGUUAAGUCUUUAUUCGACGUAAACGAGAAAUCAUUGUGGAAUUAUUUUGAGACUUUGUGGGGUUGAGUACAAAAUUUGUUACCCCAAGUCAAAAUCAAAAUUUGGAUAUCUGAUUAUUCACGCAAUAGCUGUAUCGAUUUUUUUUUGCCUUUAUAUCUUAUUAGAGUUUUAAUCGGGCGGUCAAAUCUUUGUUUUCUGGAUCUAGCCCGAGUUAACCGGCGACCGGGAAUUGUUAGACAUUUUCAGAUGCUUGGAUGUUUGUCCAUAUAUUGGAUGUAUGGAUUGCUGUAAUUUUAAAAUUGGUCUCUUGCAAUUUAUAUUAAAUUUUUUUAUUUUAAUUAUGUGAUUUUAAUAUUACAAGGCAUUAAAUAUUUCGUAUUUUAUUUUAUGACUGUUGAAAAUCUCACCACAGUGAUGACACAGUCAUGAGUCAUAAUUGAACUUAACCCAUGAAAGUCUGUUCGUACCUUACAAAUCUUUUAUGUAUUGUGUUUGUAAAGCGCAUUGUCGGACAACAAAUAAACAUAACUAACAAAAA